AGGAUCUGAGAGCCAGACGAUUCAAUACAGUACUGAGGAUCUGAGAGCCAGACGAUUCAAUACAGUACUGAGACUCGAGCCUGCACUCAAUACAGUACUGAGACUCAAGCCUGCACUCAAUACAGUACUGAGAGGCAAGCCUGCACACUCAGUGCAGUUCGUUUACAUGUUACUGGUAAUCUGAGUCUGUGCAUUCAAAGCGGUGUGGCAGCACAGUAUAGAGUAACGCAAUAGGCUACUUCAGCGCAUUGAGUAUUGAGAACUUUGCACCGGUAGCCCGCUGUACUUGGGACCUAACACCCAGCUAACUCAAUACAGUGCGAGAAUACAAGCGAGUCCUGUGAAUCUUGUACGAGUGGGACUACGUUUAAAAAGGAGAAGUUGGGAAAUGGGAACUGUAUCAGAUAACGAGACAGGGUGAUGUUACCGAGUAAAGAACCUGCUUCAAGGCGGGGCGAGUGAGUGCAAUCUCGCUGUGCGCACCUGGGACCGCACACACCGACCUGCGGCAUUCGACUUGUGCCGGCGGGCAUUGGGCUGGACUUGGUCGCUACCUAUUCUAACACAGGAUGGAAUGUCUGCGGGUUCCGAUUCUAAUCAGCACGUUGCUGCUGACGUUCGGAUUAUCGCCGGUUCUCAGUAACGGGGUUUGGUCAGAACACUUGGUCAAGACGCACGACGCGCAUAAAUCACCUACAGUUACCUGCACCCAGGGGUUGAGCUGCAGUGUGGAAGUGCUCUCGAAGCUCUCCCCCCCCGGCAGUGUGCUGUCUCCCCCCAGCAGUGUGCUGCUUCCCAUCCUCAUGGACUCUGAGACCCUGCUGUGCUGCCAGAGAGACGGGGACUGCCAGCCCUGCCUGCGGGUUCGGAUCAGCAUGUCCAUCACAGGUCCUCCGGGCGCAGAGGGGGAGGGAUCAGGCGGGGCGGGGCUAGAUGACGCCUUCUCGGAUGACUCUGACCUAGAGCAAGACGAGGAAGUGGAGGGGGAGGAGGGGGACAGUGGAUUGAGGAGGGGCAGUGUGCCCCCAGAGCCGUCUCACACUGCUCCCCUCAGGGCCACAGUGAUGGUGUGUGUGGUCACUCCCCCCAGUACUGGACAAUGGCUGAGAGUCACCCUGACCAGCAACUCCACUGCGCCAGGGCCUGUGGGCACUGUUCAGCUGGACUCUGUCCCAGUGCCAGUGGGCAGUGAGGUGCGACUGACAGCUCUCUCUCAGUACCAGGGCAGCUCUUUCGAGCUGAUACACAGUGUGCCAGGCUGUUCCCAUCGUGACCUGCAGAGGACAGUAAAGCGCUGCGCUGUCCCCACAGUAAACACCACCAUAGACUGGGAGAGGGGCGUGGCCAAGCUGCGAUUGGACGGGACCGAUCGAAGCCACACCCAUGCGAUGGUGUGCCUGAUGCAAAGAAUAGGGGAGCGGUGCCAAGCAAGCUGGAGACUGAACCACACUCAGGUGCAGCACAUCCCUUUCAGAGACAUCACCCCCUGUCUGUGCUUCCAGUACUACUGGUGCGGGAUUCAUGAUGCUGUGCGCAGACAGAGCUGCCCCUUUUCAAACCACACGGAGUUCCAGGAGAAUGUGUGGCGCAAUAGCUCUCUGACGGUUACCAGAACAGUGACCCUGCUGCAUGGAACAGCGCUGUCCUGGCUCUUCACUGCCCCCUGCAGAGUGGAGGCUGAAGUGUGGCUGUGCUGGUGGUCCGGCAAGGGGGGCUCCGAGUGCCGGGAGAUCCAGGGCUCCAGGAAGCGACUCGAGAAACAGGGAGAAUUCCUCAAUGUGGAUCCUCACCCCUCCCUCUGUGUGCAGGCGCAGGUGCCGGGCAUGGGGCAGAUCUUAGACCAUCAGUGCCCCUUCGCUGCAUCUGAUCCCCAAUGGACUGUCAACCCAUCUCUGAGAGGACAGACAUUGACCGUCAAGCUGUCCCACAACAGCACCCCUGUGUCCCUGUGCAAGAGGACAGGUCCAAACUGUACACUUGUCAACACCAGCCAGACUGGCUAUUGGGAGCUGCAGCUUCAUGACCCGGGUUCGAGUGACUGUCUGGAGGCCUGGAGGACGGAUGUUAGUUUCUCCCCCCGAGUCCUGAUCUGUCCAGCGGACCUGGCCCACAGGUGGCGCUGGACCCUGCCUCUGCUGCUGUGCCUGGUCCUCCUGUCUCUGGGAGUGCUGACUGCUGUACUGCUGAGAAGAUCCUUCAAUAACUGGAUCCAAAGAGUGUGGAAGAGAAGAGCCAGCUUUAAAGGCACACUGGGCGGUGGUCCAGUCCUUUUGCUCUACCCCUUGGAGGAGUCGGUCUCCCUGCCUGUGCUGGUGUCCAGCCUGGGCUCCUGUCUGGCUGAUCUGGGCUUCUCCGUGUCCCUGGACCUGUGGAGCCGUACCGAACUCUGCUCCCUGGGCCCUGUACCAUGGCUGCACUCCAGGCUGGCCCAGCUGCAGCAGGACGGGGGCAAGGCGGUUCUGAUUCUGACCCAGGGAGCAUGGGAGCAGGCCGAACGCUGGGUCCAACACCCGGGCAGCAGGACCCGGCAGAUACAGAACUCCUCGGACCCUUGCCUGGACGUGUUCAGCGCCUCGCUCAGCUGCAUUCUCGCUGACUUCCUCCAGGGCCGCGCCGGCGAGCGCUUUGUCCUGGCCCAGUUCGAGACCCCCCUGCUCCGCGUCUUCAAGCAUGAAGGGCUCCCCGAGAUAUUUAAGGGGAUCCCCCUCUACAGCCUGCCCUCUCAGAGCCUGGCCUUCCUCACCGAGCUCUCAGCAGUGCCCCGGAACAGCGGCACCAGCAGGGGGCGCCGAGCUGACAGCUUGAGGGCUGCGUCCAGAGAGCUCACGGGCAGGCUGGCCUGGAGGUUAAAGGAGGUGCAGCGCGGGGCCCAGCAGGAGUCGGGGGACUGGGUGAGCUGGGGGGAGGAGUGCAGGCGAUCCCAGUACAGCACUGAUUCAGGAGUCGGGGGGACGGAGGAAAUGUGGGAGAGUGUGCCGCUCCAACCCAACGAAUACAGACCACAGGGCAGGGAGACCAGCCUGGCUCACUGGGUGUGAGGGCGUGUUGGAGGACAGGAGAACGUCUACGAACAAGAGGGGGCCGUUCGGCACAUCAGUGCUCACCUGGUUCCAAGACUGAUCAAAAAACUUUAUCAAGUCAGGUCUUAAAGGAUCUCAGUGAUUCAGCCUCAACCACAUGACUGGGUAGCCCAUUCCAUCCCCUCACCACUCUCUGUGUGAAGAGUCUCCUUCAACAACAUGACUAGGUAACCCAUUCCAU